AUGGACACAAGCAAUUACACACUGGUAUCCGAAUUCUUCCUUCUUGGACUAACAGAACAGCUGAAGCUUCAAAUUCCCUUAUUUGUGGUAUUUCUACUGAUCUAUCUCCUAACACUGGCUGGGAAUAUGGGGAUGAUUGCAUUGAUUAGGAUCAGUCCCCAACUCAACACUCCUAUGUACUUCUUUCUUAGCAAUCUCUCUGUAGUUGAUCUCUGCUACUCUUCCAUCUUUGCCCCAAGGCUGUUGAUGAACUUAGCACAGUUUAAAACCAUUUCUUACAGUGGGUGCAUCACCCAGCAUUGCUUUUUUGUAGUGUUUGUGACCACUGAAGGUUUCCUUCUAGCUGCAAUGGCAUAUGACCGUUACAUGGCCAUUUGUAAUCCACUGCUCUACACCGCUAUUAUGCCCAAGAGGGUCUGCAGCUACCUAGUAGCAGGGUCAUACCUAGGAGGAAUAGUGAAUUCAUUCGUACACACAUUUGGAUUGCUCAAACUCUCAUUCUGUGUCCCUGGUAUAAUCAACCACUUUUUUUGUGAUACUCCAGCCAUGUUGAAAGUUGCGUGCUCUGACAUCUACAUGAAUGAACUUUUGCUAAUCGCUUUCUCAGGAGUAAUCGCUCUUUCUACAUUCCUGGUCAUCAUCAUUUCCUACCUGUGCAUCCUCUCCUCUAUCAUACAGAUUCGCUGUUCUGAGGGCAGGUACAAGGCUUUCUCCACCUGUGCCUCCCACCUAACAGCUGUAACCUUGUUCUAUGGACCAGUAAGCUUAAGUCACCUGCAGCCCAGUUCCAUGUACUCUCAGGAGCAAGAGAAGGUCUCAGCUGUGUUCUACACCCUGGUGGUCCCCAUGCUGAACCCAUUAAUCUACAGCCUGAGGAACAAAGAGGUAAAAGACUCAUUGAAGAGAAUGAUCAAAAUCAGGAUAGUACUCAUGCCAGCUAUUGAGACCAAGGUAAAAUGA